AUGAGUUCCUUUGCGGCCAAGCGCAAAGCUAGAGUGAUCAAGGUCGAUGAUGAGGAGGGAUCAGACGGCAGCUCGUCGUCAGGCUUGGACGCCGCUGGCUCCAAAGAAGGAGAAGGAGAGACCUCAGGCGCACCUGGAAGCACAGCCAACGAAGAUGCAGAGGACGAUGGGCCAGUCGUCGUACGGCCAAAUCGACCCGGCGCCGGAAAACAAAAGAAGAAGGGUCCCAAGACUAGAUUGUCCUUUGGCGGUGGUCCCGAAAAUGACGACUCUGAAGAUUUGGCUAUACCAAAGCAAGUGUCGCUCGGACAGAGAGCGCUUGAGAACAGCGCCGUGAAACGUGGUAUUGCUGUACGAACACUCCCAACGAGAUCUACGCAGGAGGAAGAAGAGGACCGGCCAAGAUACAGCAAGGAAUAUCUGGACGAGCUACAGUCUUCGACGCCGAGUACACCACAGGAUAUCGCUACCUUGCACAUUAGCGAUGCUGACGAGAUGGAAUUGGAUCCAUCGGAGCUUGACGGAGCUUUAGUGGUCGAAUACCCAGGGGCUUUGUCACCGAAACAAGGCACACAGAUACUUUCGGAGGCUGAGAUACGCGAAAGAAAGGAACGUCGCGCCAGAUUGGCUCAAGAGCAAGGCUUCUUGUCUGUUGAAGACGACGACUCGGAUGCCUUUGGGCGCAAGAAGAAGGAUGACGGCCGAUUACUGGCAGAAGAUGAAGACCUCGGAGAAGGAUUCGAUGAUUAUGUCGAGGACGGCGGUCUCUCGCUAGGCAAGCGUGCCGAAAAGGAACGUAGAAGAAAAGAGAGGAAGCAAAUGGCAGAAUUGAUCACAGCUGCUGAAGGUCACAGCUCAGACGAUUCCUCAGACAGCGACGCCGAAAGGAGAAUGGCGUAUGAGGCAUCACAAAGCAAGGCAGGACUUGAUGGCUUGAAAAAGCCAAGAAAAAAUCCAGCCGAAGAUUUGCUCCAAAUUCCCCCAAAGAUUACACCACUGCCAAGCUUGUCAGAGUGCCUGACACGGCUUCAAGCUACACUCAGGGCAAUGGAAAAUGAUCUUAAGGCGAAAAAUGCUCAUUUGGAUCAACUUAGGAAGGAGAGGGAGGAUAUCGUCAAGCGGGAAACAGAGGUACAGGCGCUGCUGGACGAAACCGGGAAAAAAUAUCAAGAAGCCAUGGCACAAGGGAAAGUAGAUCCCGAUACCGCCAGUACUACAGGGCCAAAUAUUGAAUUGGUUGGUGAACGAGGCUUGGAUAGUCUUGGAACCACGCCUAGACGGCCGGAUCAAUCUGAACUGGAUGCAGGAUUAUGA